AUGGUCAAGAAGGAGCGGGCGGCCCCCGGCGGGGGGGCAGCGGCGCUCCGGCUGUUCGUGUCCACGACCGUCGAGACAGACCUCGUGGUGGGCAUGUCUCUGGCGGCGAAGAAUGCCCCCAGUACAGUGGGUCAUCUGUGCGAGCGGGUGGCCCGGGAGCACCGCGAGGCGUUCCCGAAGGGCCCGGCGCUCACCGUGAAGCAGCUUCGGCUGCUGCCGCCCUGGAAGCUCGCUGCGGGGGGCCGCGCGCGGUACGUCGAGGACGGCACGUACCUCCUGAAUCGGAGCAGCCCGCUCGGCGUCGCGCUCCAGGACGGAGACCACCUCCUGGCCGUGCACGGCGCGGGGGCCCCAGCCGCACCCACUCCGUUGAAGAUUGCUGACGCCAGCGGCAAGGCCCCCCAGAAGACCCAGGAGAAGGACCCGGCUCAGAAAAAACGAAUCGCCGAGAUGAGGGACGCGCUCGCCUCGCCCGCGCCCCCCGCGAAGAAGGCGCGCGGCGCGGACGAGAAAGACAAGGCCGGCGCGCCCGCGAAGAAGCCCGGAGACGCGCCGAAGCCGCCGCCCGCCAAGCAGGCUCCGCCGGCGCCGUCGUCGUCCAGCUCCGACACCUCCAGCGACGACACGAGCUCGAGCAGCUCCUCAAGCUCGAGCAGCUCGUCCUCGAGCAGCGAGGACACCGGCAGCAAGAAGCCGCCCGCGCCGAAGCCGGCGCCGGCGAAGCCGACCGUCAGCAACAAGAUCAAGCCCGCAUCGCCCGCGGGGGGCAAGUCCGACGCGUCGCCGGUGCACACGGGGAUGCGCCGCGUCACGUUCAAGUACAUGCAGCUGCAGCUGCGCGACAGCAGCGGCAUGGCGUCGCGGCAGUGGGUGUGCGACCCGUGCGGCAGCGGCGGGAGGGGUCUCGCGGCCUUCAAACGGCACUCGAACUCGCCGGAGCACAAGAAGGCGGUGCAGAAGCUCGACGCGAAGCCCGCGGCGCCCUCCCGCGAGGCCCCCGACGACGCCGAGCUCGACCGCGCGCUGGUGGCGGAUGGGCGGUGGAAGUGCGCGGCGUGCGGGUCUCACGGGACGGGGCGCGCGUCGCUGAAGACGCACAUCAUGGGCAAGGUGCACACGGCGACGAAGCGGCGGUACGCGGACGGCGGGAGGCCGUGGGUCGGCCCGGAGCCGGACCGGGACGCGGCGGCGGCGGCGGCGCGCAAAGCGAAGCCCGCUGCGGGCGGGAAGGCGGCUGCGGAGGAGGCGAAGCCCGUGCCGGCGGCGCCGAAGGCGCAGGCGCGGUCGGCGAGCAGCAGCUCGAGCAGCAGCGAGGAGGACAGCGAGGACAGCGGCGAUGGGCGCGGCGGAGGUGGCAAGGCCAGCAGCAGCAGCGACACGUCGGGCAGCAGCGAGGAGCGCGCCCCGGCGGGCAAGCUCGCGGAGAAGCAGGCGGCGGAGCAGAAGAAGGCACCGCCGGCGUCCCCGUCGAGCUCCGAGACGAGCAGUGACGACGACGCGGGCGUCGUGAUGCCGAGCUUGCCGCCCGCGCCGGCGGCCAAGGCGUCUCCCGCUCCUAAGAAGGCGGAGGCGGAGCAGCAGCCGUCGUCAGGGUCGUCGCUGAGCUCCGAGAGCAGCAGCAGCAGCGACGACGUCUUCCGAAAUGGCGACGGCCCCAUCGUCAAGCUAGCGUAUCCGCCCGCGGGCCCGCGGGAGGCGCCCGUGUUGGGCGCGAAGGCGGGGGCGAGCAGCAGCAGCGGCAAGGGCAGCGGGAGCUCGAGCUCGGGGGAGUCGGACGCGUCGGGCAGCGACAGCGGCAGCGACGACGAGACCCGCAGCAGGACCCCCCCCCGGAAACGGCAGCGCAGGAGCGCGGACUCGACCACGUCUGGGAGCGCGGGGAAGGGGGACGCGUCGGACAAGGCCGACGAGGGCGAUUCGGACGGCGACAAGGUCGGGAGGCUCGCGAUGCAAAAGGGUGGCCUGGAGACGAUCCUCAAAGCCUGGACGAAGGGUCACAGCCAGCCUGCGACGCCGGCGGACGCGCUCGGCAGGGAGACGCAGCCGAACGGCGCUUUGGCGUCAGCGGCGGACGUCGGGGUGGUCCCGGCGACGCAGGUGGACGACGCGAGCGACAGCGGCAGCGAGGGCGGCGACGACGAGGGGACGGAGCGGGGCGCGCAGGAGGCGGCGCGUGCCGGGCGGCCGCGGCGCGCGACGGCGUCGUACGGGUCGCAGGGGCGCCCUGCGGCGUCGGCCGGGGGGGGGGUGUCCAAGGACACUGUGUCGGUCAGGCGGAACGCGUCGCGGGCCGCGCGGCCGCCGAGCGUGACGGCGUCGCCGGCCAAGGGCGUGGCGAAGGGCGAGGUGCCGACCCGGGGCGAGGGGGACGAGACGUGCGCGGUGUGCAAGCGCAGGCGGCGAAAGUACUGUGGGGUUGUGGAGAAGAAGUACGCCGACUGCGAGUACCUCGUGCGGUGGCGGAAGGAGGGCCUGAUCGCGUGA